UGCAGAUAAUAUUCUGUAGUAGUACAUUAGGUGUGACAGGUAGUUGUCAUGACGCUGUGUGACGUCAUUUAAUACGUCAUGCAUACUUGUGGUAGAGGUGCAACUCCGGAGACUCCGGAAGAGAGACGAAACCGGAUACUCCGAGUCCGGUGUGGAGAGGUUUCGGCGACCGGAAAACCGAAAGAAGAAAGAAAAUCGCCGUUCAGAUUUGAAUCCGAUAUAGGAAAUAAUUUUGUGAUAGUGGGCCAAACAAUGAACACAUUUAUGAGAUUACCUCAGAUAUCUCGUGACGUCACUACUCACAAACGCCAGCUAACGAACGGGAAAAAGGAAAGAAUAUCAUUCAUGGCAUUCAACAGUCUAGCACGUUCAGUCGAUGACCUCCACAUCUCAACUAAUAUUCCAGCAUGCACUGCUGGGCGAGACAUGGAUGACGUCAUAACCGAAAUUUCCUUCCAAAAAGGCGAAUUUGAAAACAGAAGAAACAGUUGUGGAAUCGAAGGCACAAGCCUACGAACUGCUCCUAGUGGGGUUGGAAGGAGAAGAUGGUCGGACAGUGCAGCAGGACAAUUGGGAGGUGUGGAAGGGGGUGUGUUACAGUCGGGACAAGUGCGAACCAAUCAGGAGCGGGGAAGAACGUUGGGACUUCAGCAACGACCAAUGAAUUUAGUUAAGUCGGACACGGCUUGCAUUACACAGAAUGCGGAUGAGUUACUGCAGGAAUACAAAGAAUUCGCUAAAAGAAAAGACGGAAUUCCGGAACUACAUGAAACCGGAAAGGCAGGAAUAACAAACAACGGCGAGGGAAGGUUUAUUGCGUCCAUCAACUCUCAAAGAGGAGCAGAAUAUUUUCAUUCAAAUCAGGUGGCGAGAGAUAACGGUAUCGGAGAACUGUUUUCAAAAUCGAGGUCGCGGUCCAAUGGUUUACCGAACGCUUCUAUAACCGGAAAACCAAAACCGAAUCGGAGGCAAACGACGAAUAUGAAUCUAUUCAGAAACAAACGCGGAGUUCUUAUUCCAUCAGGAGAUAGUUCUGGCGGUCGUCGCCUUUCCGUUGAAGCAACAACGAGUAAGACAGGGUCUGCAACAAGGAUGCUGCAGAAACGAAGCAGUCGAAUGCUAGGCGGGAAACGAUCGAGCACUCUUCGAAAAUCUGACAUGAAUAUGAAACCUAAGAAGGUUCCUCCGCGUCCAGAGUCGCCUCCGGUUCCCACUGAAGAAGACAUGCAGGAGUUACAAGAUUUACCGGUUAUCCGGAAGUUCCUAAAAAUGCCUCCAAGUCGACCGAAAGUUGUUUGUUUUGACUACCCAGGUGUCGAUCUGACACACAUGGACGUGAAACGAGCGAUAGAAAAGGCGAUUCCUGGCGCGUUCGAAUCCGGCAAAGUUGUUUCUGUUCAGUUCGAAAACGUAAGCGUGAAACUCGCAACAGGAGGAUUAGACAACAGAUGGCUGAUAGAACUCCGUGAUUUUGCGACUCGUAAUCUCCUAAUAAAGAACGGAUUGGCGAUCGACUGCCCUGAGAAGCAUUCAUUGGUCGAUUUGAAAAUACUCGCUCCACCAAAAUCUGAUGAAUCGACCACCACUAGCGGCGAUGAAGAGGAAUUUAUCACAUUCCCUCCCAUCAAAUAUCCUAAAAAAGUUGAAGUUAAACUUAACGACUCAGUUUCAAUGGAAGAAUAUAAACUAUAUUUGCGACGAACAGCCGCCGAAGAGAAGCUACAGAAUGUUAUUUUACUUUGUGCUGGCAGAGGAGAUAAACUCCUAACUACAAUGCUUUGAUUUUAUUUCUCAUUUUAUUACUGUUAAUAAACUCGUAACAUUUUUUACAACUCGUGCAAAAUUUGCGCAUUUUUGAAUUUUUGAGUAGUUUGGCAACAGUUUUGCUAUGUAUACCAAUUCAUACGUUUUUACAACAAUUUUAUACAUUCAUUCCAACUUUCAACAACAAAGUUACUAACUUAUGAUGCCCCUUUGCUUUUUCAAGUCGCUUUCUUUGCUUCACAAUUCUCCCUAAUCAGCAACCAUUGGUUAACCGUGUCAAAAUUUUCAUCUGAUUGCCAAACCAUUAUGAGCACCAGAAAUUCCUUGAUUCCGACUCUCAGCAUUCUUGAUUCCAGGACAUGGGGUCAGCAAUAUCAGCUUGUUGAGUUGGCUUAUACUUUCCUAUAUAUACGAUCUUUCCCAGAUUUAUCAGUCAACUUUUUAUUUACUCAUUGGAUCUCAACAACCUCUUCCCUGAUUGGUCAUCUGUUACAAUAAAUCACCGAACUGUUGCUAGUACCCGCCUCUUACACUCAACUCACGAGUUUUUUGUUUUUGUGGCGCAAAUUUUUCUCGUUUUUCCGUUCUAUU